GUAUGUCUAAUUUCACUGCCAUAUUAUUAAUGGAAGUUAAUGAAGUACAUACAAAUUUGUUUGAUGAUAGCUUCAACACCGUAGCUUUAAUUUUUUACUAGAUCUACGAUAGAAAUUUUAGAGAAAUUUAUUGGAUCAAUUUUGAACUCGACCGAUCUGCGUUCCUUUAACGCGAUAUGAUGAUCUGAUGAUCACCUGUAACUCCCAUGCGGAUAUGAAUCCGUCGCCGUCCUCGUCGAACACAUUGAACGCCUCCGCCAGAUCACUCUCCUCCUGCGAACUCGUGGCAUCGCCGCCGCAUAGAUCAGAAGAAGACGUCGUUGAGCGACCGGUGGAGUGCGUCGAAGUCUUCGAAUCGGAGACCGCAAUUUCCUGGUUUGAUGAAAGACCAGACCGUGGACUCCAUCUCGGAGAUAUCUGUGUGGAGGCGGAGGAGGUUGAGCGCCUCGCUGAGCUCGUCGACGGUGAUCAUGCUGUCGCUGUUCCGAUCGAAGAGGUCGAAGAUCCAUCGGAGACGGACGGAGUUGAGGCUCGGACUGCACAGCCGGAAUGAAGACGUGGUUCCAUUGCGAAGGAUUGCGUUGGGAGGAGCUUGAGACUCGCCAUCCAUAGCUAGACGACUGGUGCCAGAAGAUUUAUUUUAAAUUUUAUGCAGCAAGAUAAAAGGGAUUGACAACUAAGGGUAUGAUUGGAAGAGAUUGACAACAUAAAUAGCUAAUUUGGUA